AUGGUCAUCUGGUACGACGCCGUCAUUCGGACCGGCAAGUUGCCCAAGCAGAACGAGCUCAACUGCAAGAACGUCCAAUUCUUUGAUGUAUGCAACGGCAUCUUCCUUCACUUCAAGUGGACAAAAGACAAGCUCGAGGACUCGGCGAAGUUCGCAGGCGACCGCAAGAACGACGUCUACGUCGGCAUCGACGUGUUCGCCCGAAUGACAGAGUACGCAGGAGGCUUUGAAACGUGCAAGGCCAUUGCUCAAGCUCACAAGUAUGGUCUGUCGGCUGCCGUCUUUGCCGCUCGCUGGUGUACGAAACUCAAGACAGAAGCAAAGCUCGUGGAAAACCAGUGUCGCUGGGACACGGCUGGCCAGGAGAGGUUCAGGAGCAUCACUUCAGCAUACUACCGAGGCGCUCAGGUCGUGAUCCUGGUAUUUGACUUGUCUCUGGCAGCCAGUUUGUACAACACACCGCAGUGGCUUGAAGAGACCCUGGAAAGCACCGGACAGGGGCACGAGCCGCUGAGAUUUCUCGUGGGCACCAAGAAGGACCUUGUGAACGACGGAUGUUUGGAUGGCAUGGAAGGAGACGCGACCAAGAUCGCGCGCAGAUUGGACGCCGAGUACUGGUCCGUCUCUGCAAAGACAGGCGAGAACGUGCAGCAGUUGUUCUUCCGGGUGGCCGCACUCGCUUUUGUCCAGUGCCUUACAAGGGAGCUCCAGGAGAGGCAGCAGUCACCAGAGAAGGCCGCCAACAACAACUUUGUCCGGCUGAGGAAGCGGAAACACGGCAAGAAGAUUAAAGCACCGAAAUGCUCUGGCAGCCAAAAAUGUGCCACGAAGUGAAGAACCACGCUAUUGGCCGUAAAUGAUGUGUGGGAGACGAAGGUGAAAACCCCAUCACGCAUGAACGCAUCGCUACAGCCAGUGACGCUGAAACCAGUGAAUGCCAAUAGUGUCACGGAAUAUCAUCAGGCUGUACGCAAUAGUUAACGGAGCUGCCAUACCCUGACAGAACUUUCCAGCUUGGAAGCAGGCCUUCCUGUUUAUUGAUGGAAGUAUGGCGGAUACUGAUAAUUUUCAAGGAAAAAAAAAUUGUGCAAAUAAAGGAAAAACACCACGAAGAAAUAACACAUAAACUGGCCGAGUUUUCCCUCUUUGUGGUGUCUUUUCUUUAUUUGAGCAAUUGUUCUUUGUGAAGUAUUGAACCAACUGGCCCCUCAAGACGUCCUGAUACUUUUGUUUUAACCGUAGCUUUGUUUCGUUUCUUUUUUUUUCGCAAGUGAGUACAAUAAAUGACUGUCUUGAGGAGGA